GGUUUGCGAAUGAGCUUUUGGCAGGAGCUGAGGAACCGUGAACCAUACGGUCUGCUUUCUGAAAUCACUAUUAAUUAUUCUAAUUAUUCAGACACUGGAGUCUGACACAGAAGGAGCACAGCAAAAGAAUAAAUUAACUUAAUUGCAAACACAGACUGACGUGUAAUUUGAGGUGCUGAUCGCAGAUUUGCCCUCUGGCCGGGAUGUGGACGUGCGGGGUCCUGGUGGCUCUGUUCGCCGUGCGGGUCGGCGCCCAGUUCCCCAGAGAAUGCGUGACCCCGGAGGGGCUUCGAAGCGGCGAGUGUUGUCCGUCUCCAUCGGGGACCCCGGGCGACAGCUGCGGGGCGGCCACGGGACGCGGCCAGUGCGUGGCGGUGACAGUGGACAGCCGCCCCCACGGACCGCAGUACCCGCACGACGGACGGGAUGAUCGCGAGCGCUGGCCGCUGCGCUUCUUCAACCGCACCUGCCGAUGCAACGGCAACUUCUCCGACUACGACUGCGGGAGCUGCAGGCAUGGGCUGAGCGGGCCGAACUGUGACCAGCGGGUCGGUGUAGUCAGGAGGAACGUGAUGCAGCUGAGUGCUGAGGAGAAGAGAGCGUUCAUCCAAGCCCUAGACCAGGCCAAACGCACCGUGCACCCGGACCUGGUGGUCGUCACCCGCCGCUAUGACGACGUCUUCGGGCCCGACGGCAGCACCACGCAGUUUGAGAACAUCACCAUCUACAACUAUUUUGUGUGGUCUCACUACUACUCUGUGAAGAAGACCUUCCUGGGAUCAGGACAGCCCAGCUUUGGGGGUGUGGACUUCUCCCACGAGGGUCCGGGCUUUGUCACUUGGCACCGGUACCACCUGCUGCAGCUGGAGCGGGACAUGCAGGACAUGCUGCGGGAUCCAACCUUUGCCCUUCCCUACUGGAACUUUGCCAUCGGCGGCAGCACCUGUGACAUCUGCACCGACGACCUACUGGGGGCACGGAGCAGCUUCGAUAUCAGCUCCAUAAGCUCCAACUCCAUCUUCUCCCAGUGGAGAGUCGUCUGCGAGAGCAUCGAUGACUAUGACACACUUGGCACCGUCUGUAACAGCACGGAGAGCAGCCCUAUCAGGAGGAACCCCGCAGGGAAUGUGGCCCGCCCCAUGGUGCAGAAGCUGCCUGAGCCGCAAGACGUGGCCAACUGCUUGGAACUCAACGUUUUCGACACACCCCCCUUCUACUCCACAUCCUCGGAGAGCUUCCGCAACACCAUCGAGGGCUACAGUGCUCCACAAGGGAACUAUGACCCAGUUAUACGCAGCCUGCACAAUCUGGCUCACCUGUUCCUAAACGGGACGGGAGGGCAGACCCACCUGUCUCCCAAUGAUCCCAUCUUUGUCCUGCUGCACACCUUCACGGACGCCAUCUUUGACGAGUGGUUAAGGCGGCACCGUCCUGAUUUGUCCUCUUAUCCUCUGGAAAACACUCCCAUUGGACACAACCGGCAGUUCAACAUGGUGCCCUUCUGGCCACCGGUGACUAACGUGGAGAUGUUUGUGUCUGCUCCAGAAAACCUGGGCUAUAGCUACGAGGCGGAGUGGCCAGCUCAAGCGUUCACCACCACGGAGAUCAUCACCAUGGCCGUUGUGGCGGCCCUCGUCGGCGUUGCCGUUAUCUUCACGGUCACCACAUGUGCCGUGCGGGCCCGGGCGUACAGCAACCUGGAGGCCAGGCAGCCUCUGCUGGGAGAGCAGUACCAGCGAUAUUCGCAGGAGCACGAGCAGCGGCAGGACAAGACCCAGUCAGCCGUCUGACGCUAAAUCCCACCACACAAGUAGACGCCCGCACACAGGCCGACAAGCCGCGGCGCUCUGUAACGCUACACUGGCACAUAACCCACAUGGCUCACGAGUAAUCAAACGAAUAGACAUUAACGGCAAAAAAAGUAUCCAAGAAAUGUAUACAGUAGGAUUUUAUUAAACCGGUUUUCUGUACACCUUUGGAGAAGCAAUGCAAAGUUGUUUUGUUUUAAUGAACUGCUUUUAUUUUUAACUUUAAAAAAUACAGACUGGGAGAAAUCACAUAUAAGCUGAA